CCUGGGACAUCACGGCUCACUCACAGAGAUGCCAUGGGAUAUUUUCAACUUUCAACAGAGGCACGGUGAUACCUGUCACCUGGUGGACACCACGCACACAACCAGCCUCAAGUGGUUUGUUCAACAUUAGAUUAUGCCACACGCCUUACAAGAGCAUCUUAUCUUUGUCAAGACACCUCUGCGCAUGCCGCCCACAGAUGAGAAAUCUGGCUCGGAGACAUGUUGAAGGGCCGAAAGGCCUUCGCUAAAGAUGGACACACGAAGCCAUCCUCUGCAUGACUUGAAGAUUCGGUGGCAACAAGUGUGGGGAAGCGCGGAGACCGCGCGGAGCGAUUGUGAGGGGCUCUGCUGGAAUUUGGCAGCGUGGAGGCUUGGAGAACAGCCCCAUGCUGGCUCCCAUUCAGCAGGCCAGUUUUCCUCGAGCUUUGGAAGUUUCGCUCAGCCGUGCACUCAAUGGCUUCACAAAGCUGAUUACAAGCUUCAGCGCAUUCCUGAAGGAGCCAAAAGCGACGCAGGUGCAAACGAGCCGAGGGAGCCCCUUAUCCCGGUGACAGAAUGGGACAAGCUGGGAAAGGCUUGGACCACACAAAUCCAAGCUCACCAGGCAGCAGAAAGCCUGCCUUGGGAACCGGGGGUCAUUAUCCGCCCUAUUCAGCGGGGCCCGGGGACCCUGGGGGCCCGGAGGCCGGCCCGCGCGGGAGCGCCAGUGCGCCUUGGGGCUGUGGGGACCCCGCCAGGGCCUGGGGCCGGGCCGGGGCGCCGGGUGGAGGGCUGUGCCUCUGCACACGCGGCUUCGGUAAAAUCUGUGCUCCGACGUGCCCGUGUCAACACCAGCAGGGACACAGGAGAAAAAGCGCGCAGGACGCAACCGGGUGUGUGGAUACUGCAAAACGUUGGCUCAUCCAGCGUCCAGACCUCCCUGCCCUGUCUCUGCCCGGCCUGGCGCUGCGCGUCCCCGACGGGCCCCCAGGCCACUGACACAGCCGCAAGGGUCAUUCUGCGCCCUUUCUCUCCCAGCCCCCCUCUCCUUUCAGUCUUCCUAGAGACGGGGUCCCGCUGAGCACAGCCCUACGCGGUGCUGUGGGAGGGACAGUGGGGGUGGGGGUGGCAGGUCACGGGGUCGCCCCUUCGAACUGCUCUUGGCUUGGCCUCGGAUGCCUUUGCUGCGAGACUGAUUCCCUGGCAGGGAGGAGGGCCCGGCCCCUCUGGAAGAACGAAAGACGCCCCCCACUCAGGCUCAGGGACCAGGGCCGGGGGACAGGGGGCCGCAGGCCGAGGAGGAGGGAUUCCAGGCAGAGGAGCUGGUACGCGGGCGUCACCCUGGGGCCGCCACCGGCCCGCGUCAGCUGCGGGACAGUGAGUCCCCGCGAGC